GUUGGGUGGGACCAACAGCCAUGAUAAUGUUUGACCAAAAGUACAUAUUAUUGCAGCCUGCCAGCUUGCCACUUGUGAUGCAUGCACGACUCAAUUCACCACGAAAGCAACACUUUGGCAUCAGCCGUCAUGGUCGUGCCACAAGCCGACCCCCAAAGUGUCCGCCAUGAUGCUUUCAUCUUGCAAGACCCUACAACUUCACGCUACAACCAACAACUACCCAACACAAAAUGGGACGAAUUGAAACCCCUUAUUACAGAGAUGCACCAACUCGGCGCAACCCAUGACAUGAUUUUAGGGCGGCUCAAUCAGGCCGACGUUCACGUUACUCGAGGUCAACUGGAAAGGCGCCUGAAGCAAUGGGGGCUCACCAAAGACAACAAAGGUCUGAAGGCUCAUCCAGAACCAGCGCCUCACGCCGGGUACUCAAUGGGACCACCAUUGCCCCAAGAUGCAGCUUUUGCUUCGGAGGACUGCAAGACCUGGUCAGACUUUCAAGACAAUAAUUCAUUGCAGGCAGUCGUGCCGACUCACAGCCAGACCAAUAUUGAGCAAGGAGCCGGCCUCGAAGGCGCGGUUCCGAAGCUGGACGAAGACCCUGUUUCGCUGCUCUAUGCAUGGACUGAGGACGUGCAAAACACGGAAGAGGCCACCCCAAUUAUUGCAACGACUUCCGCGGCUCGGGACCACCUAGCAGCUGCAGAGACUGACCGAGAAGAAGGAGGCCAUAAAAGCUCCAGCAAUUCACGCCAAGCUACCGGUAGCCAUAUCACGACACCAACUACAGUCAUAAAUAGCCAGCAGAAUGCUGUUGAGAUCUCUCCGGCUUUGUUGUCGUCUUACCACUCCAGGCGCGAUCCCUGGCUCGAGUUGCCGCAAUAUACAAUAUCUGAUGCAAUCCGGAGAGUCCUGCUACAAUUCGAUAGACAAGACGAGACUGAAUUGACUCAGUUGAGGAAGCUGCACAACAUGGCAUUGGUCUUGUCCGCGUUGAAAAGUUCUACACUUGCCUUUGACGUCUUCUUCGAGAUUUUCCGCCGGCUACUAGUAAGUGACUCCAAAGAGUUCAGCCUUGAAGGAAAAUGCCGAAUUGCAUAUGCUGUCACCAACUGCGUCCGUUCUGCCGUGACUGGCCAGCAGAGGGAGCUCGUACGUGGCGCACUCUGUGUGCUGCACGUGGUGGUCGAAGACCUUCGGCAGAUGUACCCAUAUUGCAACGACGAGCUAAAGAUUCGCGCCUACCUCGACAGCAUGGAUGUGGAUAUCGAGAACGAGGAGUUCGAGGUUGAUGCGUAUUGGGCCAUCAAGGCUUUCAACCCGGCUUUACAAGAAGGAUUUUAUCGGUGCCCAAGGACAUUUUUUGACUUCUACAACGCAUCUGCCAGUGAUAUCCUGAGCCAUCAAUACCGCUGCGAGAGUCUUAAGCAGUCACUCCUCGGCGCACUGUCACUCAUUGAAGUAUAUACCCAGAACAACAGGACCAAGAUUGAGGGACUGUUCAGGGAAGACUGGGAGCACCCUACUAGCGAUGAGUUGUUCUCAGAUGAACGUUGGGUGGCCAAGAAGGGUACAGUUCAGGUCCUUGUUUGCCUGAUUUUGGAGAACGCCUACGGAGACCAAACGCUCACGCUUGACAAAGGCCAGGUUUGUGGUCCUGUUAGAGGCGCAGCCAUGAGGGACUGCGUAUCCGCAAGGACGGUGGCGGCGGUGUGCUUCCUCCUUUUUGGAUGGAGAAAGGGCUUUAUCACGAAACCUGUUAUGACGGACAGCUUCCUCGCGCCCCCAACAGCACUAACUGACUUUAGCUCCUCCCUUUCGAACUUGCUUCCCCAGACAAUCACAGAACUCCGUAGGCUUGCUUACCAACGCACAUCGCGCAUGGACGAGUAUGAAGACCUCAUCAAGUUAUUACCUUACUCAGUUGGCCGCGGCUUCGGGGGACGAUAUUGGAUGUGAUCAACUUGUCCGCAAUGAGAGCCUUGUGGGCAUCGCGGCGCUUCUCGGCGACGUCAUGACUAUGGAAGAGGUGAAUACCUUCCUCAGAGCGGACGGCAACUGGCCUGCCGAGUUACGUCCAGUCAACGUUGAUAGGACCACAUCGCCGCUGCAAACUGAUCCUUCUGUCGACGAUCUUAGUACCUACGUCCCAGGUAUUGCAGCAACCUUGGCUCCGAGUCUUGGAUCCUCGAAAAGCUCUGGCUACAGGUCAAUGAAAGGGAUGUCCGUUCGUAUUGGGCAGAAAUUCCCC